GGAGCUGCCUCUCUGUCGCUCAGCUGCGCGCUAUUCAGCACCAUGGACAGCGCCUUCCUGAAACUGGACGCCGCGGAGUUCCUGGAGAUCUGGCAGCGCUUUGAUGCUGAUGACAAUGGUUACAUUGAGGGCAAAGAGCUGGAUGAAUUCUUUUGCCAUCUGCUUAAGAAACUGGGCGCAAAUGCUAUAACAGCUGAGAAGGUUCAGAGGGUGAAGGAUCGAUUUAUGUCUGCGUAUGACGUUACCGCUGAUGGACGUCUCCAAAUACAAGAGCUUGCAAACAUGAUUCUGCCUGAAGAUGAAAAUUUUCUGUUGCUUUUUCGAAGAGAAACUCCUCUGGAUAACAGCGUGGAGUUCAUGCGGAUUUGGAGGAAAUAUGAUGAGGAUAGCAGUGGAUUUAUCUCCGCAGUGGAGCUCCGGAACUUCCUGCAAGAUCUGUUCCUACAGCACAAGAAACAGAUUACAGGUGACAAACUGGACGAGUACACAGACACCAUGAUGAAACUGUUCAACAAAAAUAAAGAUGGCCGACUAGACCUGAAUGACUUGGCAAAGAUAUUGGCUCUGCAAGAAAAUUUCCUUCUUCAGUUCAAAAUGGACGCAAGUAGCCAAGAUGAAAGAAAGAGAGACUUUGAAACCAUCUUUGCACAUUACGAUGUUAGUAAAACAGGAGCAUUAGAGGGCCCAGAAGUGGACGGGUUUGUUAAAGAUAUGAUGGAACUUGUGAAGCCAAGCAUCAGUGGCGUUGACCUUGAUAAAUUCCGUCAGAUUCUACUAAACCAUUGUGAUGUCAACAAGGAUGGGAAAAUUCAGAAGUCUGAACUGGCGCUGUGCCUUGGUCUAAAACCACACCCGUGAUGGCAUUUCAGGCCGUUAUUCCCACUUCCUUUUCCUGUCAGAACAUAUUGGUUUGAAAGUAGCCAUGUUCUACUAACGAUCUGUGUCUCAGUGAUGAUUGAUGGAAGCAUAUAUAUACAUAUGCAUGAAUAUUGCAGAAAUGUUUGGAACAUUUGACAAGCCACUGAUGGUCCAGACAAUGUGUUUGUAAAAUUUAUAUUUUAAAACUGUUUUCUUUCAAAUGAAAUGCUCACAAAAACGGAAAAAUUAUUUCAGCCAGAAACAAUGUUCUUAAUUACUUAGAUUUCUGUAAAUGUUGCAAAGCUUUUAGAGUACUGUGAUCAACUUACUAUCCAAUAAUACUAAAGGUGCAUGUGUUAUGGUGCUGUCACAUUUGCUUUCUUUGUUGAUCAAUAAAAUUUUCUGUUUUUGCAAGAUAAA